CAGAAUGUGGCAUUGGUAAUUGUCGACUAACCGCCUUCGCCUUGUUGCGAUUGCAGAGUUCGCGGUGACAGUCUGACUUACGGUGACAGACAAGAUCCGGGAUUUUCGUCUUCGAAAAUGGCUUACCUAGAACGUGACCAACUGGGACAGAGAGGUCCAGGAGAUGCUACUUGUGCAGGCCUCAUCCGUGGCAUUGACCACAUCAGAAAUCCACAACUGAACAAGGGAAUGGCCUUUUCAAUCGAAGAGAGGCAAACUCUUGGGAUCCAUGGUCUUCUUCCAGCGGCUGUGAAAACUCAAGAUGAACAACUGGAACUUUGUCGACUGAAUCUGGAUCGCUAUACAGAUGACCUCUCCAAAUAUAUUUAUCUUAUAAGUUUACUGGAUCGUAACGAGAAGUUAUUCUACCGCUUUUUGGGAGAAGAUGUAGAAAAAAUGAUGCCUCUAGUUUACACACCAACUGUGGGACUCGCAUGUCAGAAGUUUGGUCUCAUCUAUCGUAGACCCAGAGGACUUUUUAUCAGUAUCCACGAUAAAGGCCACGUUUAUGAUGUUCUGAAGAAUUGGCCAGAACACGACAUUCGUGCAGUCGUGGUCACAGAUGGUGAACGAAUUCUUGGCCUUGGAGACCUAGGUGCACAUGGAAUGGGAAUCCCCAUUGGAAAAUUGUCCUUGUAUACUGCCUUAGCUGGAAUUAAGCCUCAUCAGUGCUUGCCCGUUACGCUGGACGUGGGCACAAAUACACAGUCUUUACUCAACGAUCCUCUUUACAUUGGUCACAGACACCGACGUGUUACGGGCACAGAAUACGACGAGUUCAUAGAAGAAUUUAUGAAAGCAGUUGUUAAACGUUAUGGACAAAAUACCUUGAUCCAGUUUGAAGACUUUGGAAAUUCGAAUGCCUUUAGGCUAUUGAAUAAAUAUCGAGAUCACUAUUGCACCUUCAAUGAUGAUAUUCAAGGCACUGCUUCUGUUGCUGUGGCUGGACUAGUCGCAUCUCUACGUGUUACUAGGACCAAAUUGUCCGAAAACAUAAUUGUCUUCCAAGGUGCUGGAGAGGCUGCCUUGGGAAUUGCCUGGCUGUGCGUGAUGGCUAUGAAGAAGGAAGGUGUGAGUGAAUGUGAAGCAAAGAGCAAAAUUUGGAUGGUAGAUUCAAGGGGCCUAAUCGUAAAAAACCGUCCAAGUGGAGGUAUCUCGGAGCAUAAAAUUCAAUUUGCUCGGGAUCAUGAACCCGUUGAUACUUUAACAGAAGUUGUGAAAAUUUCCAAACCUACUGUUUUAAUUGGAGCUGCGGCUAUUGGAGGAGCAUUCACUUCAGAAAUAUUAGAAUCUAUGGGAAAGAAUAACAAGAGACCAGUCAUCUUUGCUUUGAGCAACCCCACAAGUAAGGCAGAGUGCACUGCUGAAGAAGCGUACAAUGCCACUCAGGGAAGAUGCAUCUUCGCUAGCGGUUCGCCUUUCCCACCAGUAACGUAUGGUGGAAAAAUAUUCCAUCCAGGGCAGGGUAACAACAGUUACAUUUUCCCGGGGGUUGCAUUGGGUGCAAUUUGUGCGGGAAUGCGAGUAAUUCCUGAAGAGGCUUUCUUAAAUGCAGCGACAGGACUCGCAGAUAUGGUAACUGACGAAGAUUUGGAAAGUGGAAAUCUUUAUCCACCACUCAACGAUAUUAAGAAAUGCUCUCUAAAAAUUGCAGUGAAGCUUAUGGAAUACGCUUAUCAAAAUUCUCUUGCGACGGUGCAUCCCGAGCCAGAAAAUUACGAAGAAUUCAUCAAGGCGCAAUUAUACGAUACAGCAUAUACGACUUCGAUACCAUCAAUUUAUCCCUGGCCAAAAUUCUAAAUCUAAUUCCAUCUUCCUGGCGGCAAUCUGAUUCCUGUGAUUAUAUUUCCUUGGUUUUGGUAUCGUACUUUCUGUUGAGCGGGCAAGUACGAAACUUGUUUCUGAUGUGUAUUUAUUUAAAAUUGAUAUCCGCAUUGAUUAAUAAAA